CUCUCUCUCUCUCUCUCUCUCUCUCUCUCCUUCCCUCUGCUUUUCUGUAGAUCUUUCUUUCCUUCUCUCAUUCACUCUUUCUUCACUCUUCUCCAAUUCAGCGAAGGAAAUUGAGAAGCGAUGAAGAUGGCAGCCUCAAGUGGGGUUGCCUAAGGCGUGACCCACUCCUUCGCUCCGCCCACUCAGCAGCUGACCAACUAGCUCAGUGUCGUCGGAGAGGAAGGAGGACCAUGCUGAAGUACCCACGAUUCGUAAUGCUGUCAUGAUUCGGCCACUACUACCCAACCUAACAGAACUGCGAAACAAACUUUGGAUAUAUGGACAAGUUCCCGCAAACACCCACCACAAUGGACAAAGGCAACCAUCAUCAUCAAUAACGAUAACAACAACUGCUAUUACUUCAACAACCAGGGAUGUUUGUUUUCAUACUCUCCCGGACCCGACAAAAUCUCCCUUACGAAACAUCCCCUUUCUAGUCCUGUUUGUUCUACUCCUCAGCGUGACCAACGCGGAGGAGUACUCACAAGCAUGGACCAAGACGUCAACACAAAUCAAUGACGAACCCAUUCACACCCAAGAGACUUUUAAGGACAACAGAGAAGGUUUUUUGGGCUGUUCAUUCGCUGACAACCUUUGCAAUCCCGACGAAGUCUGUUUUGAUGAUUUUGUUUUUGGUCAAUGCCUGCCUGAAGAAUCUGAACCUGAUUCGGAUGAAGAUCUGGACCUCCAAAGAUUUCCAUCCUUGUCUGACGAAGAGAAAGCUCUGAUUGCUUUCGAACUUGAUGAGCUUGACCAAACAGGAUUUGAAUGGAAGGAUUUCUAUACCCAAUGUAUCCUCCAAAAUCUUCUCUCAUUCGUGCAAUACAACUCUAAAUUCGACAAAGCCGAGUGCUCUUUGUUUCUUCCAUCGUCUCCCUUGGCUUCCAAUCUUGAUGACUUGUUCCUCGAUAACACGGACGAGGAUAUGUUCUUCCCCGAGGACAUUGAGCUGCCCCAAGAAGAGCAACAACAACAGCAACAACAACAGCAACAACAACAACUUGUUGCAGAAGAGAUUCCAGAGGAAUUCUUGGAGGCUCUUGAGGGCCUUCAGAUCAACCCUGAGACCAGUGUGGUUCCCAAAAAGAUUCCAAUGGACAACAGAAAUGAAAAUCAAGAUUCCAUCUGGACACUUGAUCGGUCCAGUAACAAUGAGCAAUUGGAUGAGGAGGAAACAGGGUAUGAAAGUGGCGAUGAUGAAGGCAUUGUUCUGCCAGGCAACGACGAAGAACUUGAAAACUACCUCAACGACUUGGCUAUGCAAGAAGAUUUGAACAAUGAGGACGUGGACGAGACUCCCACCCGCGAUUGGCUGGAUCUCCAAAACUAUUUGAGGAUGCGAGAUACUUUGGAACAGGAUCAUAGCGAGGAGGAGUCCUUAGGCGACUCCGAAAUGGAAUCAAUUCCUACCAACGCUUGGCAAUCCAUCCAGAAUAUCCCUGUCCACGAUGUCAGAAAAAUUGGAAAGCGCAACAAUCCAACCGAGUUCUCACCAAAUCUUGGAACAAACUUUUAUUUCUCUGGACCGCAAAACGACGAGACGGACGGUUUACUUACCCAAAACAUUGAACAAAUCUCCCAAGACCAAUUCGAUCAUUCAUCGGAUUACCCCGCUGAAGACGAUUCAUAUUUCCUGAAUGAUCACCUUCAAUAUGACAGUAAUGACGACUAUGUUGACGAUGACAGAGAUUUUGAAGAAGAGGCCAACAAUGACAUCUUGCCCGAGAUGAGGCAUCCCUCGGGCGGUUCAAUUUUGCGACUUCCUGGUGGUGGUCUUGGAUCAAGUAUCUUCAAUCGGAACGAACGAUUGGAUGUAAAAAAACCCGGUCCCUUCUAUCCGAACAGUGCCAACAAUUUCUUCUUAAACAAGCUUCUGAACAGUGAUUCUGAUGAUAUGGGCAAAACCUCGGAGUAUAAUCAAACCGCUGACGUGGGUCAAGUCGAGUAUGAGAUGCCUCUUCUAGCCCCCAUCAAAGAUAAACGAGACCUUCCACUUGUUGAGGAUAAUGUCGAGAACAUCGUGGAGCCACAGUUCGUACACAUAUCCCUAGGAAAAAGAUUCAAAACUUAUAAUCAAGGAUCCAACUUCGUGCAUUACUUGGCUCAGGAAUUUGGCAUACCCGAGGAAGCCUUGGACGAUCAAAUCAUCGAGGAUCACCAUGUCCAAUUCAAAGUGCACCCUAAUCCUCAAAACAUCAACGCACAUGAUAUGGCUAAACGAAUAGAUCAAGAUAGCUCGCUAAAAAGCAAAAUUGAGGAUCAAGUCGGAGUUCAGAUUGGCAAAGCUGCCGCCGGAGGACGGGAUGACAUUGCUAGCGUGUUUUACCCAGGAGGGUCGAACUUUAAUCUUCUGAUUUUGGUUGUGGUAUCUGUUUCCGCGGUGGCGGCCUUACUCGUGGUGGGCGUAAUUUCACUUCUGGUUCGCCGACGUGCCCGGGUGCAAAAAAUUCGAAACCAAGACCUCCAAGAAGAAGAAAAGGGCAAAGCGCAGCAAGAAUAUCAACAAUUGUGCCGCGAUUGGUCCAGAUCCUCCAAGAAAUCGGACUCCAAACCUGCAAAUGUGACCACAUCAGCAGUGAAGAAGCAACUUCAAAACCGGGAAUCUAAAGAGUCUGAGGGUUCGAACAGAUCUAGCACAUCCUCAUGCAACGGUUCCAAGUGUGAGGAGCCCAACACCGCAAACAUGGACAUAUCCACCGGUCACAUGGUGCUAGCUUACAUGGAAGAUCAUUUGAAGAACAAGCAAAGGCUGGAACAGGAAUGGGUUGGCCUUUGUGGUUACGAAGCCGAGCCUUGCGCCACCACCAUAGCGUACAAAGCUGAGAACAAAAAAAAGAAUCGGUAUCCAGAUAAAUUACCCUACGAUCACAACCGGGUCAUCCUGAAUGCCAUGGUCAACGCCUCAAACUCAGACUACAUCAAUUCAUCGACAGUUACCGAUCACGACCCUCGAAAUCCUUCUUACGUGGUUACACAAGCUCCAUUGGCCAGCACGGUGGCAGACUUUUGGCAAAUGAUUUGGGAACAAGGCUGUGUGGUCAUUGUCAUGCUGACCAGGCUCCAGGACAACGGAUACCAGUUAUGCCACCGUUACUGGCCAGAAGAAGGCUCGGAGCAAUACCACAUUUUUGAGGUCCAUUUGGUGAGCGAGCAUGUGUGGUGUGACGACUACCUUGUCCGAUCCGUGUAUCUGAAGAACACAAGAACUGGCGAGACUCGAACUGUCACCCAGUUCCACUUUUUAUCUUGGCCAGCCCACGGAGUGCCGAUCUCCACCAAGGCACUUUUGGAGUUCCGGAGGAAAGUCAAUAAGAGCUAUCGAGGACGAUCUUGUCCCAUUGCAGUCCAUUGCAGCGACGGAGUGGGCCGAUCUGGCACCUAUGUCCUCAUCGAUAUGGUGCUGAAUCGAAUGGCUAAAGGUUGUAAAGAGAUCGACAUUGCAGCCACUUUGGAACAUAUUCGAGAUCAGCGAGGAGGAAUGGUUCAAAGUCGACAACAAUUCGAGUUCUGCCUCAUGGCUGUAGCCGAAGAGGUGCAUGCCAUCUUGAAGGCUCUGCCUCAGUGAGAUCCACCAUCCCUUAGCUGUUUCGGGUGGUCAUCUGAAGUAUAAGGUAACUUUACUCCAUGCGGUCACCCUGAGACAUCUCUUCGUAGUGUUGUCCGAAGCCCAAGCAGAAUACGAUUGAAUGGAACCUGUCUUGAACCCUCGAGGGAGGCAGAACCACGUUAAACACUGUCCUUGGUGGGCCAUGUAACAUCAAACCCGGACAAAACCUACCACCAGGCCUAUCAAGUCAUGACGAUGACGCAACACCUCAUCGUUUGGGUGGUAUUGGAGGACGAUCGCUUUCGACGGUGAAUCGCCUUGAGAAAGGAACACCUAUUUCUCCAACUGAGGCUCCUGAUUAAAUGACAAUUAUUACCCAUUCCUCAGAGGCACACUCACAAACACACAUAGGAUGUCUUAAGGAAGCUUCAACCAAUCUUUUAGAGUAAUAUCCCUUAAAAAGCAAGUACCCAAAAAUUACCAAGCAUAUCCUAAGUUAAUUCAAAUGCUGAGAUGAGGGGCAGAUAUAAAUCAUAAUUAUAUUUUCUUACUAAUACAAUUUAAACUUCAAUUAUUAUUAUCCAUCAUCUUUCCCGUUUCCCUGUUGUUGUUGUUAGCAACUAUUUUCCCCUCCCAAUAUACUGACUAAUAUUACUAAUGUUGCUACCACUGCAACUACUAUUACGACAACAACAACUACAACUACAUCGACAUCAACCUCUUUGUGCAGUUUGAAAUAGCACAACAACCCCUAUUCUUAUCUCCAUCCCUUUCCCUUCAAAUUGAUCUAAUGAUUCAAAACAACACUUUAUUAUCAAUUUUGUCUUUGUAGACUUCAUAACAUCCAAAAAAACUUGAUGUCAUCUGAAAAAUUUACUCAUGUUCUUUACCACAUGCCAUAUUGACAAAAUAGGCUCCACGUUUUUUUUUUUUUCAUUUUUCCCCCUCAGUUCAUAAAGACCAUACUUCAAAACACGACAACAAAAUCCCAUCCAUCCUCAAACUCCCCUUCAAAGGAACCUCCACUAUCCCCAUUCCCAUAUCAUCUAUAUCAAUAAUCCUUUGGGUACCUUUGUGUCUUGAUUUAAUCGAACCAAUCAGCAAGAGAGUCUGCUGUUUGGGACCUAUUAUUCCACACAUGAGUUGCAAAGAGAUGAUUAUUUCUGGAAACCUUAGCAUCACUCUGUCAUCUCAGAAAAACGAGAUUACCCUAAACUUGUAAUGAGGCAUCACUUCAACCAACCAACCAUCCAUCUAUCUUGAAUACAAAAAAGUCAACGCCACCAACAACGCAAAAGCAUACGGCUCAAUGAAAAACAUCCCUCUGACAGAAGUCGUCUAAUUUGUCAAAUCAGUAAUACUCCCCCGGCCCCUCCCUUUUUGGACCCAAAUGGAUAUAACCCGACUCUCAAAGCCUUGAAAAUGUUGAAAAAUAACGCCAAAAAUAUCCCACCAAAUGCUUUAGUUGAGAAUUUUGGUUUCUUCAUACUUCGUUUUGAUUUACAAUCUAAUCUAAUUAUUACCGUUUCAAAUUUUGAUUGAUGUAAAAGUCAAAAAAUAACAUAACUCUCUGUGUGUGCAGAUCCAACUAACUGAAAACACCUAACCCAAGAUCUUAGGUGUCAUGUUUGGACUUGUGUUGGGCUCAGAAUGGGGCUUUCGGAGAUCUCUCUCCCGACUCCUAAGCAACGCCAGGGCACCGAUUCUCUAUUGGGUUUCUCACGGUGGACUGGAACGGAGGCUACGGGGACUGGUGUCCGGGAUCGCUGAGGAUGAGAACGCGGGGGUUGCGACGUCGACACACAGAUUGGUUCUUGCGGACAUGGCUAGAGUGGUUAUAUUGUUGAAACAACUUCAAACGAUCAUCAGGCAACCGUGCUCAGUUCGUUGUCCCCCCCCCCUCCUUCCCCAAAAAACGUAAUAAAAGUCCAUGUCCAAUCAACCGCUCAACUAGAUGAAACCCCGCCGGAUCAUUCCGGGUCUCAUCCGAACCAAUCUCCCAAGCACUCCGUUCCAAGUCCAAGUGGGGUUGUACAGAUUGGAGCAACACACACGACAUGAGCACCACCAGACGAAUCAAUCCUCCUCCAAAGAAUUACAAGUUCACCAGCCUCCUUGUAACUCUUUGUUUCAUUCUUUAGUUGUGCUUCGUCCAGGGCCUCUUUGUUGUGUAUGUUGAGGCCAAAUUCAAAAUGCAAAUCCCCGUCACCCAAUUGGGAACCAGCUCAACAGUUGCACAUUCUGAUUUGUUUCGGAAUCGAGUGCUGUGAUGACCCGGGUGUGAGGUGGCCUUUGAGCUAUGGACAGACGUUUCCCGUGCUCAAAACUGAUUGAUGUCUGGAGAAUCUCUGGUCAAGCUUAAGGGAGACCUCCCAUCCCUGAAUGGGUCUCGAGACUGUGCCUUUUCUAUCAACCAAACGUCAAGGCUUCUUCACUCGAUGAACCUGGCCUUGGUUUGAUGAAAGAUCACCAUAGAAAGAGGGUGCAUGGAUGUGUCGGUGUGGAUACCGGUGGGUCAAUGGACACUUUUUGACACACACCCUCGGUGAUCAGUUGCCGGCAGCUCAAACACAACUUCAAACAUUAUCCAAAAUAUCUAAAUUUGCCUGUAGUGAAAAAAAAACAAAUAACUAGAAUAUGAAGCGAUUUUGAACCGCUUUUUGUGUACUGGAACAUCUUUUCCCCAGAGCUGCCGAUAUCACUUUAUACCUGAAUUGACCAUGACAGAAUUCAGGUUGACUCAUGGUCCUCUAUCUUGUUGCUGGAUUUUUGGGGUGACCUUGAUUCUGUCUACAACUUGGGGGCUUUUUGGUCUUGUACAAAGAUCUUCGGGCCUUCAAAACAUAUAUCGAAUAUAAUCAUGUCUUUUAUCCAAAGUUAUGUUCUUCUACGCUUCAUUUGGUUUUUAUUUUAAAAUCUGAUGAAGGGCUCAAAUUUUACCACCUUUUAGGGCAGAAAAAAAACGAACAUCCCUCCCGAUAUUGCUCUAUCUACCAUCAAAAAUAGUGUAGUCACAUUCAUGUUAAAAAACUAUAUCAAUAUGAAAUCAAUGUUUUACAAUUGAUGAAUAAAUUGUUUGUAAAAUUGGAA